CUCAUCUUGGUUACGAUUAAUCGGAAGUCGGUCGUGUUUGUAAUUUGUACAAUGCGCAUGUAAAGCAACACUUAAUCAACCAAUAAUUUACUCAAAUAAUUUAUUAACUUUGUGAGUAUCAAACUUCAACAAGGAUCAUUUUUGGAACUAAGGUGCACCUACUGAAAAACCCAAAUCAUGGAGCAAGCAUUGCAGCAACAAAUUCUCAAGGCAGCAGAGAUCGUGGAGGAGCAGGUGGAUGCAGAGCUUCAUCGUCUUGACAACAUGGAUGAGGAGGAGAUGGAGCUGCUGCGCCAGCGGCGGCUGGACGCCAUGAAGAAGGAGCAGCAACAGCGGCAGGAGUGGCUGGCAGCCCACCACGGCAGCUAUGAGGAGCUGCCUGAUGAGAAGGCCUUCUUCGAGCAGUGCAAGAAGAGCGAGCGGGUCGUCGUCCACUUCUACCGUGACAGCGCCUUCCGCUGCAAGAUUGUGGACAAGCACCUGCAGAUCCUGGCGGGCAAGCACCUGGAGACGCGCUUCCUGAAGAUCAAUGCAGAGAAGAGCCCCUUCCUGGCACAGAGGCUGCGGAUAGUCGUCAUCCCGACGAUAGCCCUGGUGAUGGGCGGCAAAACCAAGGACUACAUUGUCGGUUUUGAUGACCUGGGAGGUACAGAUGACUUCCCCACAGAGAUGCUGGAGUGGCGUCUGGGCUGCGCUGACAUGAUCAAGUACAGUGGGAACCUGUCAGAGCCUCCUGUCGCCGGAAACUCCGGCGGCAAGAAGUCGCUGCUGGGACCGCAGAAGAAAAAGACAAUCAGGAGUGGCUACGACGACGACUCGGACUCAGAUCUUGAGUAGAAAGAGAAAUUGUUUCCGCUCUUUCAUGUCGAUGCUUUCGUGCUGGAUGGCUGGAUUCUGUUGCACCAAUCUCCGUCUCUGUGUUGCCAUUUAGUCAGCUGUUGUUGAAUCAUCUUGCUUCAACAGAAAUGACUGCAUGCCUCAAAAUAACUAGCACCUGCCAUUGUCACUGUGGCUGUGUUCAGGUGGGAGUGUAUGGCUUGACUGUUUGAUGGAAGCAAAGGCUCCAUUACACGAAAAAAAACCACCUUGGUAUGAGAAAUAUUGAAGUUGUUGACCAAGAGCUGCAGUUUUUAAAUAUAGGCUCAGGCUGUGUGAAUGUUUUUCUUACUUUCAGUUAAGUGCGUAUUCACUAAACCUGGAUUCUAACCAAUGUACAGUUACAUUGGUACUGUUAUUUCAUCUGUCCAUGUACACUGCUUAGGCCAGUUUACACUACAGUGUCAUUGUCAAGUCCAUCAUAGUCAUAAGCUGCAAGCCAAAUCAAAGCUAUUCAAAGGAAGUGUAACAAAAUCAUUCAUUUUCACUGUUGAGCCUGUAACACUGCUCUCCAUACAGCUUCUGUUACAUCUGGCUAUGGCUAAGUAGAGUUUCAAGUGUUCACUGGAGUUUCCAACUAUCCAAAGGACAAAAUGUCAACGUCAUUUCUUUCUCCUUGGUCUGCGAGUUGUUGGAAAAGACAUGCAAGCUGUUGAAAGUUUUAACUAAAUGUCUUGUAUAAAUGUAAAUUGUGCACUAAUGUGUGUAUGAGUGAUUUUUAUUUUCACUUGAGGCUACACAAGCCUUGUAUUAAAUACAGUGAAAUGAGGGUAUUUCUUCUCACUUGGUUUUUUAUCAAGGGUACUAUUUAAGCGACCAGAAGUUAUAAAUCAAAUGAUCAUAAAUUAAUAAGUUUGAGCCAAAUAUGGUGUCUGUCAAGAGGUAUAGAUUCUACACCCUAGUCUCAUUAGAACAUAAACGAAACUAAAAUAAAUCACUCUCUAAAGCAAGAAA